CUCCCUCUCGUGCUGUGCUAGCUGCCGCUGUGCGUGUGGUCCGGUAAGUAUUUAUGAAGGUUUCCGCUCGCGGCGGUAGCCUCACGCUGCACCCCUUGCCUGUCCUUCUUCUGCUCUGUCCAAAGCUAACGGAUUCUUCUGUCACGAUGCACGUCUAAAGCUGCCACUCUCUCCAGGCCACUGCCACACGACCGCUGGCCGUCUCGCACUCGCAUGUGCUGCCACGGGAGCUGAACGAUCCAUCGGUCAUCAGGCAGCCGCGCCAUGGCAGCAAGGGCCUUCCACGCCGCGUCGCCGGUGCCGGCCUCGCCGCUGCAGUCCAUUAAGAACGCCACGGGCGGGCUCGCCAACCUGCAGUGGCUGCUCAGGAAGCGCGCCAGCCGGGUGCGGCACGGCCGGCCCGUCGAGGCGCCGCGGGAGCGGGACGACGACGACGAGUGCGCCUCCAUGUUCGCCGGCGCCACGCCCAACGUGGCGCCCGGCGCGGGACCAGCCCCGGACCGGCGCGGCGGCGAGGCGCUGUCGCGGCUCCGCUCGGCGAUCCUGGCCGUGCUGACGCGCGCGCGCCGCGGCGGGCGCCGCCGGGCGGCGAUGGCGGGCUCGUCCGUCACCGGCACCAUCUUCGGCCGCCGCCGCGGGCGCGUGCACCUCGCGCUGCAGACCGACCCGCGCGCCCCGCCCGCGCUCCUGCUCGAGCUCGCCGCCUACUCCACCGGCGCGCUGGUCAGGGAGAUGGCGUCCGGCCUCGUCCGUCUCGCGCUCGAGUGCGAGAAGCAGCCGCCCCCGCACCAGCUAUCACCAGGUGACCACCAGAGUCGGCGGCCGCGGCAGGCGGCGGCGCUAGCGCUGGUGGAGGAGGCGACGUGGCGCGCCUACUGCAACGGCCGCAAGUGCGGGUACGCCGUGCGCCGGGAGUGCGGCGCGGACGAGUGGCGGGUGCUGCGCGCCGUGGAGCCCGUCUCCGUGGGCGCCGGGGUGCUCCCGGACGGCGACGACGCGGGCGCCACCGGCGGCGAGGGCGACCUCAUGUACAUGAGGGCCAAGUUCGAGCGCGUGGUGGGGUCCAGGGACUCGGAGGCGUUCUACAUGGUGAACCCCGACGGCGGCGGCGGGCCCGAGCUCAGCAUCUACCUCCUCAGGGUUUAGCAAGUCUAGUCUUCUAGAGGGCCGGCCGGCAAAGAUGCUUCUAAUUUGUUUGCAAGCUUCUGUUUUGUUUGGCUUAAAUGCUUUUGCUUAUCAUUAUUAUUAUGGAGAUGGGGGCUGUGCAUGCUUGGUUGUUUUGAUGGGUGUGGCUAUGUGAAAUAUUGAUGGUUAAUCUGAUUGUGUUAGCUUAAUUACGUAUAGAUUAAGUUUGGUUUAGUGUUAACUUUACUACUAGGUUACAGUUUGUUGUACUGUGUAAUAGUGUUGUUUAUGAGUAAGCAACAUAUUGCUGCCC